GAAACACUUUGGUGAAUUUGUUAAAACGAAGGACUUUACAAAAGGUCAGGUAAAAUUGGUGAAAUACAGGAUAGAAGAAUGAGAGGUUUCAACAAUCAAAAAUGUGGGCAUGAGCGAUAUCAUUGAAUGGCAACCAACGGCUUGACAAUAAACAACUUUUCCCUCAAGAUGCAUGUUACCUAUUUCAUUCUCAACAUAUUCUGAUUCGAAGAUUUUAAAACAUCUUUAACUUAAGCAUCAAAGCUUUUAAUACAAUUUAAGUUGUGCGAAAUCAUUAUUUCUUACCAUAAUGGGACUGGACGCUUCCAAAGACAUCAAUCCCAACGCUGCUAGAGGCUACAUUCUAGAAAAAUUCACAAGACACAAGGGUGGUAUGAACUGCAUGGUGAUGGAACCUGAAAAAUACCUCAUGGCCACUGGGGGUGAAGACAGGACCGUCGUCUUAUGGCGAAUCAACACAACGCCCACCCAAUCAAAAGCCACCCUGAAAGGCCACUCGGAUUAUGUCUCUUGCCUUGCUUUCCAUGAGAAGUUUGUGCUUUCAGGAUCGGCCGACUGCACGAUUCGAAAAUGGUGCCUUACGACACACGAGUGUCUGUUCGUGUUCGAAGGACACACCGGCAGGAUCAACCGGAUACUGAGUGCAGGGGAUUUCAUGUUCACUUCUUCGGUGGACCACACUGCAAGAGCAUGGACCUUGAUUACUCAGAAGUAUGAAGCCAUGGAAGAUGUUUGUCUUAAAGUUUUUGAAGGUCAUAGUAAAGCCGUGUAUCCACUGGUCUUCAUUCCAGACGACGAAAGCUCAUUGGACGGUAAAACGAUGAGCGAAAAGGAUUUGUUUAUCACGGGCUCAUCGGACAAAACGAUUCGAAUAUGGUCUUUGAAAACUGGAAAAACACUACAGACUCUGAAGGGUCACAAGGGCACGGUGAAUGCCCUUGUCGUCGACCCCGAAGGCAAGAUGCUGUUCAGUGGGGGAGGAGAUGGAAUUAUCUGCUGCUGGAACAUCGCUACAGGCGAAUGCAUCAGGCAAAUGACGGGACACGAAAGUGCUAUCCUGAGUCUCAUAAGUCACAACAAGAUGUUGUAUUCCUGCAGUACAGAUAAAACAGCUCGGGCAUGGAUCAUGGAUUUUGGAGAGUGUAUAAAAGUGUAUCGAGAUCACACACAUAGCGUCACGUGUAUCAAAUAUUUGGACGGAUAUGUGUUUACUGGUUGUGCUGACACCUACAGCCGCAUGUUCAAAGCCAAAACCGGAGAGUGCAAAAGAGUUUUUAAAGGACACACGAAAGCUAUUGUCCAAUUAGAGCCAGUGUACGACAAACUGUACACCGUGUCAGUCGACGGAACUCUUCGUGUUUGGGACACGACAGGAAUACUUGAAGACGAUCCUGAGGAAAUAAAUAAGCAACUCAGUUCUGCCUAAUGUUAAUAUUACACACCAAUUUUUGUAGAUACAAUACAAUGUAUGCUCAUUUUGGCUGUAAAUCACGUAAAAGGUCUAAAAGAACUUAUUAAUAAAAAAUACAUGGAUCAAACUGUUAAGUUUAUUUCGUUUGUAUUGAUAUUACAAUAGCAGGUUUUCAAUGUAAAGAUGAUUGUAUAGACUA